UGUCCGUGACUUUGAAAGCAUCAAACAGAUCGUGGCGAGUUAACACUACGGGUUCCGCGCGCUGGGUUCAUUCGACCGUGAUCAUCGGGUUCUUCGAAACGCACUGAAAUCAUGAGGAUCAUUAUUUUGGCAGCUCUGGUAGCAGUUACGUCUGCUUCGUAUGAAGAGGAACAUGGCGGUUCCACGUAUCACGAAACGUCAAAACCAGUCGAAAUACCAAUAUACAAAAAAUACGCCAUACCGAUUCCACAUCCGGUCCCAGUUCCGGUCCCUCAACAGAUCAAGGUACCCAUUCCUCAACCGUACCAGGUAGAAGUACCUGUGCCGCAUCCAGUCCCGGUGGAAGUUAUCAAACAUGUGGAGAUUCCGGUGGAGAAGCCCGAGCCCUACGUAGUCGAGAAAAAGGUACCGUACGUGGUCGAGAAACCGUACCCGGUGACGGUGGAAAAGCACUUCGCGGUGCCCAUCCCUAAACCGUACCCGGUCCACGUACCCGUCUACAAGCACGUAUUCCACCAUCAGAGCAAGGGCCACGGUUGGAAGCACUGAUCCACGCGACAUCGAUCCUGACCACGUCUAACCAAAAAAGAAACUAUAACAGAGAGAAACGUCACGUUUCUUGGCAUUGUACAUAGUCCGUUGUUUUAUACUUAAUUGUAUUGUUGUUUAAAUAAAUUGUUCUUGUUUCCUUAA